CACAUCUCAAAUCUCACACACGAAGCAUAGAUUAACGAAGUGAACCAGCUCGCGACAACCGUCAUUUUUCAAAUCGCAACCGGCGAUAAACUUCGCGAUAAUCGUACCGCGAUCACAACGAAAAUGAGUGACAAAAAAGUGAAACUAAAAUUUGUGAUGGAUAACUGACUGAAACGCGGACGCUAGACAGUGCCUUACCUGAACCUUCGUGAUUCUCAACUUCACCAACAUGCCCCUUCACUACACCUCCAACAAUUUCAAAACGAACUUUCUGAUAACUGUCAAAAAACUCCUAGGCCCAGGCAACAAAGCCCUAGCCUACUUCCUCAUCAUCUGCCUCUUGAUCCCUCACACCUUCAGUGACAGACAUUCCAACAGAUCCAACAGUAUAGAGAAGCGGAAAUACCAAGGCUCCGCUGGCUCGGAGCCUGAGCCUGAGGCCUCAGGGUGCCACAACUGCCGGAUGAUGCGGGAAGAGCUGAAGCAGCGUAAUCUCAUGGUGAUCAAAGAGGAGAUCUUGAGGAGGAUAGGUUUCCAGGAGGCGCCUAAUAUGACGGGCAAGGCUCUGCCUCAGGUGCCUGAGGCUUUUUUGGCGCAGAUUGAGGAACAGAAUGGGGGGAUGCUGGGGGACCAGCCUUACGGUGGGGCGGGGGUGACUGUGACUGAGGAGGAGGAGGACUAUUUUACCAAGACAGAGAAGAUUUUGACUUUUGCACAAACAUAUCCAAGACUGAGGCAUAGAGGCCGUGACAUAAUCCACUUCACGUUCAGCGACAGCAUCACCAAGUACCAGGUGAGCAAUGCGACGCUCUCCAUCUACAUCAAAGGUACUGAGAGGCGGCAGCCUCAAGACGUCAUCAUCGAGGUCUUCAAGAUCGAGAAGGCGACGGAUCACGCCGAGCCCACCUCUUUCCACAGGGUGUUGGGCAAAAAGAUGCGCCAGCCAAUCGGCAAAGGCGAGUGGGUGCAGUUGGAUUUCAGCGAGACCGUUUCCGAAUGGUUCAAAGCACCGAAAGACAACCACGGGUUCGUAGUCAAUGCCACUGUGAACGGCAAGAAAGUGGUUGUCACCGAGUUAAGUGUAGAUAAAGGAAAGAAGAUGCCAUACGUGGAAAUAUCCACAGUCCAAUCCAAGCGACGCGUUCGCCGCAACAUCGGCCUCAACUGCGACGAUCAUUCGCGCGAGCCCAUUUGCUGUCGGUACCCGCUGGAAGUGGACUUCGAACUGCUGGGCUUGGACUUCAUCAUCGCUCCCAAGCGGUACAACGCGUACAUGUGUGCGGGGGAGUGCUCCUACGUCACGCUGCAGAAGUACGCGCAUACGCACUUGAAACAGAUCGCGAUGCCUGGAGGUUUGCCUCCAUGUUGUACACCGCGUAAGGUCGGCAGCAUUUCCAUGUUGUACUAUGACGACGAGCUCAACGUGCUUCUCGGGUCGCUGCCUGGGAUGGUGGUGGAAAGGUGUGGGUGUUUGUAGAAUGUAGAGGUGAUGAACGUAAAAAAGUGACUUGAAACUAAUCGACAAUUGGCUAGGAAGAUGUGGAAGAGGCAUUGUUAUAUAUUGAUCUGAACUUUUAUUUAAAUUGGAACUUGUUUGUUACCAAAUGAACAUUGUGGUAUACGAGUGUGAACAAUUCUCUUCAAUUUCGAACUCAGAACGUUUUAUAUGAAUUUCAAUUCUCUGAAGUCAUAUUAAUAUGCACUGAGAACAAUUGAGGAUUGUAUCAAAGUUUGACAAAUCAGUGAAGUCUGAUAGUUCAUCAAGAACGGAAUUGUAGAGGUGAUGAACUUGAAAAAGUAACAUGAAACUAAUGAACGACUAACUUGGGAGAGGCCUUGUUGUAUUUUCUGUAUUAAUUUAGAACUUUUAUACGUAUUAAAAUUUGGUUAUUACCAAAUGCAGAUUUUGUGGUGCGAGUUCGAACAAUAUUUUCAAUUUUUAAUGCAGACCGUUCUCUAUAGAUUUGAAUCUCUGGAAUUAUCGAGAACAUGAUAAUAUGCACAGAAAGAAUUUUGGAUUGUAUAAAUGGUUGACAAAUCAGUGAAGUCCAAUAGUUCCUCAGGAACAAAUAUCUAGAUGUGAUGAACAAGAAAAAAUUACUUGAUACUGAUGAAAGAUUGGCUAAGGAGAAGUGGUAGAGACGUUGUGUUAUUUGUAUUUAUAUUAUUUUGAACUCUCAUUUGAAUUCGAACUUGGUUAUUACCAAAUGCUGAUUGUGUUACCGAACAAUACUCUUCAACUUUGAAUCAAAACAAUAAUCUGGUAAGAGCGUAUCUGAACCCAGCAUAUCUCAACCAGAUCAGAAAUUAGCGCAAUCUCACCUCGAGCAGAUCGAAUAAUCUGCUGUCGGUACCCACUGGCAGUAGUCUUCGAACUGCUCGGCUUUGACUUCAUCAUCUCUCCCAAGCGAUACAACGCGUAUACCCGUUACCACCGAUACAACCAGGCCAGCAGACUCUGACGUAAACAACUCGUGACGUCACCCAGAGAGGCCAGUGUUUUAUUUCAUCGCUUGUCGACUAACGCGUCAGUUCGUGUUGAUUCAUCGGUGAUUCACGUAUGUUUUUGAAACGGUCCCGAAUCCUUUUGUUGUUUAUUCAUCAAAAUAAUUGGCGGAAAAAUUACUGUUUUGUGAAAUAUUUUGUGUUGUGAUCGGCAAAAUAACCAUGCCUUUCAAGUGUUGUGUUUCCUUUUGUCGGGGGAAUUAUGUGGGUGGUUCAAAAGUUCAUACUUUUAGUUUCCCGUUGGACGAGGAGCUAUCGAAAAUGUGGGUAUAUGCAAUUCACCGCGAGGAUUUUACUCCAUCUAAGUUCAGUAGUAAACAGAGCUCAAUUUAUAAUGAUGAAUCAAUAAUAGAAGACAAUUACUCUCUAAUAAAGAGUAUAAGUAGAGGAAAAAUAGAAAAGCUUUGAUUGUGCAGUUAGUUUUGUAUUCGUUUAUUAUAGUCAACAAAAUCAUCUCUGAAUUCGAGGAAAUUUUCUUGAAUGUUCAUAAUAAACGGGCAUUUUUAAUUCUCAUUCUCAAAUUUCUUUCUGAAAACGGUCAUUUAUCGGUGGUAACGGUAUACCGCGUAAAAUCGAAAGCAUUCUCAUGUUGUACUAUAUGACGACGAGCUCAACGUGGAACUUGGGUCGCCGCCUGGGAUGGUUGUAGAAAGGUGUGGUUGUUUGUAGAAUGUAGAGGUGAUGAAUGUAAAAAAGUGACCUGAAACUGAUAGGCAAUUAGCUGGGGAGCUGGGGAGAUGUGGUAGAGUCAUUGUUAUGUUUUCUGUACUGAUCUGAACUUUCAUUUGAAUUGGAACUUGGUUGUUACCAAAUGCUGAUCGUGUAGUACGACUUUGAACAAUACUCUUUAAUUUCGAAUUCUGAACGUUUUCCAUCAAUUUUAUUUCUCUCAAGUCGCCGGGUACAUAUCAACAUGCACUGAGAACAAUUGAGGAUUGUAUCAAAGGAUGAAAAAUAAGUACAGUCCGAUAGUUUCACUAAAACAAACUUGUAGAGAUGAUGAACGUGAAGAAGUGACAUGGAACUAAUGUACUACAUGCUAAAAUUGUUCUAAAAUUGUUCUAUCCGUCAUUCGGUUGCCCCCUUACGAGCAACCCUCAGAAGUCUUCGAGAGUCUCGUGCGAGCAAGGAAUGACGGGGGCCUUACCUUUUAACGUGUGAUCCCAAACACUUUCUUGGGCCAUCAGAAAAAUUUCUGCAGUCGACGGGAAUCGAACCCACGACCGGCAAGCGAAUGCGGAUUAGAAUAUGCUAGGGAAAUGUGGCAGAAAACUUGAUGAUGACGCAAUAGAGAUUGUGUAAAAUGAGUCCGAACAAAAGGUACUCUCCAAUUUUGAAUUUGGAAAGUUUCCUAUAAAGUUCAAUUCUCUGAAGUCGAAAACAUAAUAAUAUUCCCUAAGAUACGUUGAAAUAUCCCUUGAACCUUUAGGAAUUCGGAAAAUUGCUAUUUUCAUAUCAAAGGAGCAGAAGUACCUUUCGGUUUUCUCCCGCUUGUGAUUGAAAGAAUUCUUGCUCCCAGGAUAUACAUACAGUGUCUUUCAUAAAGUUGGAAUCCUAAUAUGGGUGAAACAUGUGAUGAGAAAGCAUUUCGAAAAUCGACUAAGCCAUUGGUUCAUGUUUAAAAAAAAUCCCUACCUGGUCGAGAUCACAUAACUUUCGCUACUAGUCAAAAAUUGAGUCUUAAAUUUGAACGUUCAAUAACAACUUUCAGUUUUUGAUACUUUUUUCUACGAAAUGUAUGUGAUAUAAAAUGAAAAUAGCACCGACAAAACUGUUUCAUACCAGUAGCUUUAUUCCUAAUUCCAAAAAGUAUAGGUUUUUCCUCUCGUGUGCCUUGAGAGAUGAAAAAUCAUCGACUAAAAUGAUGCCAGAGUCACA